AUGACUUGGCUGAAGGAGAACGAGAGCCUAAACCCGAAACAGCUAGGCGCAAUUGGCAGAAAAGCUCCCAGCAUCACGGCGGCACGCCUUCAAGACGCGGACUUUGCCCCUACGUUUGUCGACCUCAAGCCUUUCCUGAGCCCCCAUCUCCAUCAAUCGAGGAGAGGCGCCCGAAAUCUAGAGGCGCAAUAUCGAUCUGAAAUCAUGAACGGUGAUAACUAUUCGUCUAGAGAAGGCGACAGUCGCCGGGAUUAUCAGUCCUCGCGCAGUGAACGAAGCGACAGGGGGGACCGCGACCGCGGCGAUCGUCGUGAACGCGGCGACGAUCGACGAGACCGACACAGAGAAAGAAGGCGCUCGCGAUCUCCUGACCAUCGCCACCGCCGCGACCGAGACCGAGAUGGCGAUGCCUAUGCAUCUAGCAGAAACCAUAGAGAUAGGGAGCGCGAGGAGCGAUACUCGGGUGGCCGCGACCGUCGAGGCGACAGGGAAUGGGACAGGGAUCGUGGCAGUUCGCGCCGCGAUGCCCGGCGUGAUGAUGAUGGCCAUGGCAGACGCGAUCGUGACGGCUUCGAGGACCAGCGUCGAGGUGGUCGAGACCGCCGCGAUGACGGGAUGGCGCGCCAGCAGGAGCGCCGAAGCCCGUCGCCUCCCAAGCGCCGGGAGCCUACGCCCGACCUGACAGACAUCAUUCCCGUUCUCGAACGCAAGCGCCGCAUGACACAGUGGGACAUCAAACCUCCUGGAUAUGAGGCUGUCACAGCCGAGCAAGCCAAAAUGUCGGGCAUGUUUCCUCUGCCCGGCGCGCCGCGACAGCAGCAAAUGGAUCCCACCAAGUUGCAGGCUUUCAUGAACCAGCCCGCUGGUGGACAAGUCAGUAGCGCUGGGUUGAAGGCCAACAACUCACGACAAGCCAGGCGUCUGUUGGUGUCCAACAUUCCCAGCGGAACCACUGAUGAUGCGCUUGUUGCCUACUUUAAUCUGCAGCUGAACGGACUGAAUGUUAUCGAGGCUACGGACCCGUGCGCACUCAGUCAGCUCUCGAACGACAAGUCCUUUGCUGUUGUGGAGUUCAAAAAUACCGGAGAUGCCACCGUUGCUCUUGCUCUCGAUGGCUUGCCCAUGACGGCCGACACCGCAGGACUUAGCAUCCGCCGCCCGAAGGACUAUGUCAUGCCCGCUGUACCGGAUGAUAUCAUGUAUAAUCCUGACGUUGUCUCUAAUUCGGUACCUGACACCAUUCAUAAGCUCUGCAUUACAAGUAUCCCGCCAUUCCUCACAGAGGACCAGGUGUUAGAGCUGCUGGCUGCCUUUGGAAAGCCCAAAGCUUUUGUUCUCGUCAAGGACAGAAGCAGCGAAGAAUCGAGAGGAAUCGCAUUUGCCGAGUACGUGGAGCCUGCUAAUGCAAACGAACCGGCCCUGAAUACUCUCAAUGGAAUGGAUGUUGGUGGCAAGAAGCUCAGAGUUACCAAGGCUUGUGUUGGUGGAACGCAGGUGGCCAAUUUCGAUGCUGGUAUUAAUGCUAUCAGCAAUCUUGCUGGCCAAGUCAAUGGAGGUGAAGCCACUAGAGUUUUGCAGCUUCUCAACAUGGUUACAGCCGAAGAGCUCCUCGAUAACGAUGACUAUGAAGAAAUCUGUGAUGACGUGCGGGAGGAAUGCUCCAAGUACGGCAAGAUUUUGGACCUCAAGGUGCCACGUCCGGCCGGCGGAAGUCGCCAAUCGGCUGGUGUCGGCCGUAUUUUCGUCAAGUUCGAAUCGACAGACUCUACGACGAGUGCUCUCAAGGCGCUGGCGGGCAGGAAGUUUGCGGACAGAACCGUCGUGACAACGAGAACUUCGAUCAAAUCAGGAAAUCUAAGAGCUGCUGGGGAACGGCCUGAAAUCGAGAAAAGUGUUCGUGAUGAUAUCGGGGGCCGUGGAUGGAUGUUGGCUUGGCGUCAAAGUCGAUUUUACAAGGCUGGGUCUGUUUCGCUACUAGGUCAACUCCAUCACGACUCCUCAACAGACGACAACCGACAACCACCGACAACCACCGCCAACAUGGGUAGACUUCACAGCAAUGGCAAGGGUAUCUCCGCCUCCGCCCUCCCCUACAGCCGCGUCGCUCCCAGCUGGCUGAAGACCACUCCCGAGCAGGUCGUCGAGCAGAUCUGCAAGCUCGCCAGAAAGGGCGCCACCCCUUCUCAGAUCGGUGUCAUCCUCCGUGACUCCCACGGUGUCUCCCAGGUCAAGCUUGUCACUGGCCUUGCUCCCGAGCUCCCUGAGGACCUGUACAUGCUUAUCAAGAAGGCUGUCGCCGUCCGCAAGCACCUCGAGCGCAACCGCAAGGACAAGGACUCUAAGUUCCGCCUCAUUCUCAUCGAGUCCCGUAUCCACCGUCUGGCCCGCUACUACAAGACCGUCGGUGUCCUUCCUCCCACCUGGAAGUACGAGUCCGCCACCGCCAGCACCAUUGUCGCCUAA